UCAAAUAGGAACUAGCUCCUACUGAAAACGAAAGUAAUCUGUUUAAAACAAAAAAAAAAGACAAAGUUCAUUAAAUCCAAUUGACUAGUAUGGCGGACAGUAACUUCUGUGCUGGUUGUCAGCGUGGUAACGAGGACGUUCAAGCCAUAUCCUGGUGCAGUGACUGUACUGAACUUGUAUGUAAAGCAUGUGCCAGAGUUCAUGAAAAGAUGUCCCCACCUCACAAGGUAGUACCAAUGAAAGAGAUACAACAACUCAGUUCUUCUCUUCUUAACUUGUCCAAAAACUGCGAAAAUCACCCCGAUCAAAAGAUUGUACUGUUCUGUUGUCAACAUGACAAAGUAAUCUGCGAUUCAUGUGUACCUGUAUCACAUCAGAAUUGCAAGUCUAUCAUUUCAAUUGAAAAAGCUGCUAGAAGUGUGAACGAUGGUACAGCUAUUUCUGACUUAGAGAGAAGGAUGGACGAUCUAAGGCAAGUUACAGAGAACAUACUUAGUCAAACUGAGGCAACACUAGGAGAUUUGUCAAAAAGUCGAAAUAAUAUCAAGAAAAGAGUAUCGGAAAUCAAACAGAAAAUAGUUGCUCAUUUAGAUAAGUUAGAAGCAGAAAUACAUAAAGACAUUAAUUCUCAGUAUAAAUACUGUACUGAGAUGGUCGCUCGAACUAAAGAUAGCGCCCGGUCCAGCACUGACUCGCUGUCUACAUGGAAAAGUGAUCUGAAAUCACUAAAACAGCAUGCAUCAGAAAUCCAUUUAUUCCAGGUGGUAAAAUUUCUAGAUGCAAAAACCCACGGGAAAGAAUUAGAAAUCAGAGAAAUUCAAACAGCAACUGUUCCUAUACUAGCAUAUCAUCCUUCAGAGUCAGAGUUCAACAUAAAGAAAUUAUUCCCAGACUUGGGUACAAUAACGGUAGAUAAUGUCCAAGUACCAACGCCUGUUCUAAAUAUUGAUCAACAAUGUCAGUUUCUGGUCAGAGACAACAAAAAAUUGUCUUUGACACAUUCUUUCCAGACCACGAAAUUACCUGAUGGAGUGCGUAUUUUUAGAGGUUGUCUUAUUCCUGGUGAUAAGUUACUCCUUGUUCAGUGCAUGAAUGAUAAACUUUAUGUUUCUAAACUUGAUGGAUCCAAACCCAAGGUAAUUAAUUUGGAUUAUUCACCACAAUGUAUUACCUUGUAUGACAACAACCAUGCUUUAGUAUCUUUAGGUGAUAAAGGUAUCCAGAUCAUUGACCUGACAACAUUAAAGCCUGGUAGGAAAAUUAAAGUUGGAGGAUAUUGUAAAGGAAUAACCAGUGUAAAGGAUAAGAUCUGGGUACAAAAUCAAGAAAACACUCUAACCAUUGUGGAUAUCAAUGGUAAAGUUCUUAAUACAAUACAUACAACAUUUGAUCCUUGGGAUAUAUGUGCCAACACAUAUGGUGAUGUCUAUUGUACUGCCGUUUUUAGUGAUAAAGUAUACGUCGUAACAUCGGAUGGAAAAGAACGUAAGAUAUACAGCAGUCGUGACCUGAAAGAUGCUGGGGAUGUGACUGUAGAUGACCGUGGUGAUGUGUAUGUAGCAGGAAAAGAAUCAAACAAUAUACAUAGAAUAUCUAAUGAUGGACAGAAACAUGGCAUUGUCCUGACAGCAGACGAUGGUAUCAAACAACCGACCGGUUUAUCUUACAACUGUGAAAAAAACGAACUAUUAGUUAUAAACGACGAUGGUAAAACUAUCAAUAUUUACAAAACACAAUGAACACUGACUAAGGGACAUUGAUUGUUAAGCCUGGUAACUAUUAAUUAGUUAAAUGAGUAGUAUUUAGAUAAAAUAUAGUUGUUUUGUAAUUUGAUGAAAUUUUUAUUUUCUAGUAUAAGUUAUAUGGGGUUAUAAAAUGUUGCUAGAAACUUUUUUCGAUUUAGCUUUAUACUGACAAGUUUAACCAUACCGAAGAUGACCCUUCAAUUUUAUAUGAAAGGAAACAAUCAAAAUUUUAAGUCUAAAUAUGACACCUUUUAAAAACAAAAAUUUGACGAGUUAAAAUAUCUUGACAAAUAUAUAUUAAUAGGCUUUUCGGACUAGUUGUUAGUAAUAUUUUCAAAAUUUGACACAGGAAAAGAGCACUAUAGUGGAUGGUAUAAUGUUUUAGUCACAUUAGUGAAACAUUAAAUUUCAAUUCAUGAAA